GGCACACUAGCAGUUGGGUUAGCUUAGUCUCGUUCUUACCGGAUGGCACUCGCAUCGUGACCGGUUCGCCCGAUAAUACUGGCCGGCUGUGGGAUGCAGUGAUUGGACAGUCCUUCGGUCAACCCUUGCGUGGGCAUGCUGAUUAUGUUCUCUCCGUCUCGUUCUUGCCGGAUGGCACUUGCAUCGUGACUGGUUCUUCCGACAUUGCCGUCAGGCUGCGGGAUGCAACGACGGGGCAGCCAGUUCUAUAGUGAGCCUUGCAGGGACACGCUGGUCGGGUUCCCUCAGCGUUGUUCUCGUUGGAUGACACUCGCAUUGUGGCUGGCCCGGGAUCAUCGGAUAACACUGUUUGACUGCGGGAUGCAGUGACAAAGUAGCCAUUGUAACAGUGCUAGACCAUUCAGCAUCCUCAUUUAAACAUCGCAUCACGCAUCCCAUCGAUGCCACCACUGCCAUGACAAGCAACACUUGAAACAAUGACUCCAUUCGCCUCUCAUCCAACUCUGCCUAUGCAUUGUGACACUGCUGAGUUAACAGAGGAGGCGCCCCACGAUGACCGCAGUUCGACUCCCUUUCUCCUGGAAAGUGACAGUGGUUGGAUGGUGGGACUCAACCGUCGGCUCUUGUUCUGGGUACCAUCCGCUUCUCGGCACCCGUUUUAUAGUCCUGGGACUGUAUUAGUGGUGACUAGAGGAGGCCCAGAGCUUGAUUUGAGCUGCAUGGCACAUGGACGCCUGAGCACUGGCAAAAGUGCCAAGAGGAACCUUGAUAAUGAUGAUCGUAUUACAGCAAAUGUUACAUUGCGGAGAUUUCAGAUACAACUUGUGAUACCGAGUACGUAGAGUGAAUUUCAUGUUCUAUUUUAUACCCAGCAUCCAGUCUGAGAUCGGGGUUGUCUGAGCGAACGACAUGCCGAGAAGCUGACUGCGUG